GCAGGGUACAUUCUGCGCGUGUGUAUACUACAAGCUCUGGAAAGAGUGCUAAAAAUGGCCAGCCGGCUCAAACUCCUAGUUUCCAAGCAAGCCAAGCUAAAGCCCAGAGAAGACCCGAAAUUGUGCCAAAAACAAAAAGUGGAGUGCAACACGGUCUCAAAACACAGCCCAGCGGACCAAAUAGUCAUAAAAUCUGGAAAGAUGCAAAGCGAAGUACACAAGAAGUAGAAUCUGGGAAGCUUUGUCCAAGUAUAGUGAGUGAGGUGAAGGAAAACGCAGCAGAUGUGACUUCGGUGUCUGCAAACGAGAAAGCACAGGUUGGUGGGGGGAUGGCUUCGGCAAGAACUUCUAAAUACAGCCACCAGAUACGCCGACUACACGACGGUUGUGAGUGGGAUCUAAUCAUAGCAACAGUGGAUGAUAUGAGGGCAGAAGGUGUUGCACUAGACACAUAUACACAGUGGGCGACCAUAUUGGCGUAUGAAAAUUUGGGUCGAUAUAAAAAUAUUUUGGAAAUAUUCGAUGCAUUGAAGCGAAAGGGAUUCGCACCGGAGGAGCUUGCGUAUAGUGCCGCCAUCUCCGCGUGUGGAGAAAGAGGCCAAUGGGAAAAUGCCGCGGAUUUAUACACGAGAAUGAAGCGCGAUAAUAUUUCUGGCACGCCAGAGGCACACAUCACUGCCAUAGCUGCGUACGAGAAGGGGCGGAUGUGGAAAGAACUCAUAGGCGUGGCUGAGGACAUCCGGAAUAACACACUCGUCGUCAGCGAUACCAAUACGAAUAACAUUGUCAUGUCAUCAGCAUUGCUACGGCAUUUCUACAAGCAAGCCCUGGAUGUGUUCAAGGUAAUGGUUUCUUUAGGCCAUUCACGUGACGUACGAACGUAUAGUAUUGCGUUAGAAGCGUGUCAGAUAGGGGGAAUUAAAAAUAGAGCCAUCGAAGUGUUCAAUAUGAUGGGCCAGGAAGGUAUACCACGUAGUGCGGCGACAUAUAUAUCGGUUGUGAGGACGUUUAUGAAGACUGAGCAGUUUGCAGAAGCCUUAGAAUGGCUGGAUAGUGUGGAGAGGGAAGUUAAAGACAUCCCGGCUGAUGUAUACGUGUACGCCAUAGCGUUAUGCGGGAAGUACGGGCAGUGGAAUAAGGCUAUGGGUUUGCGCUAUGAACUGGAACGCGUCACUGCGGCGACAGUACCGCAGUAUCGGCGUGUUGAGAACGAUUACAACGGUGCUAGACCUUGAGUCUUGAGUCUAGUUGUCACUUAUGUGAGAGUUACUGGAGUCGCACGAAGUGUUCUGGAACCGAUAGUAUCGAAUAUGUUGUGUAUUGUUAUCUUUUGUGUGGAGAUAUACGCUAAUAAAGAUUGCUAGGCAUACAGCUAAGAUUUUAAUCGGCAAUAUGUGGCCCAG